ACAUCUUAUGUAGAUAGAAUAAAUUUGGAUUAGUUUUAAAAAGCAUUUACGAACUGAUAAGAAUUUCAAUUGCGUUUGUCUAUAACUAUCCUAACCACAAAUUGUGAGUCAUAAAAGAUUUAACCUGAAAUAACUAUCCUAGCGGAAAACUGUUUGAAGAUGAUCAAAUAUGAGAUAAAUAUGUACAUUCCGUGUGUAUCUCUAUUGAUAGACUUUGGUUUUUGUGUAUUCUUGAAGGACAUAAACCUAUUUUAAGACCAGUUCAACAGAAAACUGGUGCAGACCACGAUCACAGUUGUAAUGAGUUUUCUAAAAUGGUAACCACUCCUUUUCCUUUAAGAAGCAGUCCUUCUUCUCUUCUCCUGUCCUAAUUUCUUCUUCUCUAUAAACCCAUAUUCUAGUUUUUGUUCUCAUUCAUUCUCUGUUCGAAGCUCAAAAUUAUAAAACUCCCAUUAAUCAAGAUGGAUCAAGCUGAGCUUGCCCGGAUAUUCCAAAUGUUCGACAGGAACGGGGACGGCAAAAUCACGAAGCAAGAGCUGAAUGAUUCAUUGGAGAAUCUAGGAAUCUACAUUCCAGACAAAGACUUGGUGCAGAUGAUCGAGAAGAUUGAUCUCAACGGUGAUGGCUACGUAGACAUCGAAGAGUUUGGAGGGUUGUACCAGACGAUUAUGGAGGAAAGAGACGAGGAGGAAGACAUGAGAGAGGCUUUCAACGUGUUUGAUCAGAACCGGGACGGGUUCAUCACGGUGGAAGAGCUAAGAUCUGUGUUAGCUUCCUUGGGGCUCAAGCAAGGAAGAACCCUAGAGGAUUGCAAGAGGAUGAUAAGCAAAGUCGACGUUGAUGGAGAUGGCAUGGUGAAUUUCAAGGAGUUUAAACAAAUGAUGAAAGGUGGUGGAUUUGCCGCCUUAGGAUCAAACUUGUAAAAAAGAAAACUCAUUUUUCGGGUUCGGGUUUGAGACCCAAAAUCAUUGGUUUUUUCCCUUCGGAAUGAUUAUUAGGGCAAAACCACGAAAGCGAUUAAUGUAUUUGCAAAAGAAAAAGCUCAACAAAAGUUUGUUGAGCUUUGUUUUGAAUGCUAGCUCCUACACAAAUGUUGUUGAUGAAUUUGCUUUUGGGGAUUUUGAAACAUAACCAUGUUGAGGAUUUCAAAUUGUUGAGGAUUCUUUUAUUAUUUUUAACAUUUGGGUGUGGUACACUUAAAAGUUAUCACUAUCUAGCUUAUAAGCUCAUGCCAUUGAAAAUUACAAAGAUUAAACAC